AUGACGGAACCAACAGAACCAAGGUCAUUAAAACGAACGAUACAACCGGAUUUACAGAAGAAAGUCGAAGAAAUACAGACAAAAAUACCAAGAACUACAGGUCCUCCAGGAGAUUUAGAUGAGGAGAAGAAAAGAUGGUUGAUUGUUGGAAUAUGUCUUCAUUCAAUCAUUUCUCCUCUAUUGAGAAAAUUUGUGGAUCCUAUUGUUAGUAACUUGUAUAAUUCACUGGUGUCCAGUGACUCCAUUGAUACACAAGUACAUCCUAGCUAUCUAAAGAAAUACCCAGCAAGAAAUAGAUAUUUUCUUAAUUAUGAAUCAAUAAACAAAAACAGGAGGGUACCAAAGAAGAAUAUCAACAACAAAUGGUUAAAUGAUUACCAGAAAUAUGAUUACAAAGUAAUGAGCCAUGUGGAAUUGUCAAAGUUGUUUCUACAGCCUAAUAUGGUUCAUUACUCUGCAAUUGAUGAAUCAUGUGACGCAUCUGCUCUGCUAGGAAUAAUAACUAAUAUCAGUUCAUUUACACCAGCUGUGCAGACUGAUGCUGAAAAGAUAAAAUCAGACAUACGUAAUGAAUGGGCGCAUUGUGUCUUCAAGGAUUGGAAUGCUGCAAAAUAUAAAGACUCGUUUGAUUCGAUGGGACAACUUGUCAAAAACAUUGGAAUGAGUAGCAAAGAGGAGCACAAAAUCUUGGGAGAACUUAACACAUGGGCAACAAACGGUCAAAAUUUACUAAGUGGACUAAAACUCGGUAUAGAUAUAGUGGAGGAAAUUCGUCAACAAACACACGUUCUUAGUGAAUAUGCACUUACUCUACGUACAGAAACUAAGAGUGAACGGAUCAAUCUGCAAACAGAAUUAAACAACUUAAAAAAUGAUUUUCAGGAAAGAAUGAGUAAUUUAGAAAGGCAAAGUAAGGAGAAUGCUGAAGAUAUACAGGAGCUAAUGGAAGAAAAGAAGAAACGUUUUGAAGAUCAUUUUUUACAAAAUAUCCAAGCUCAACAAAGACAAGAAGUUAAAGAAUGGGAGCAAGACCAAACUACCUUUUUUGAAACCAGAGCAACACGUCACUUAUUGGAAUCUCUACCCUUGCAUAACUGUAUUGUUGUAACAGGAAGCUCGGGCUGUGGUAAAUCUUCAAAUAUACACCAUGCUGCUUUACACUUACGUGACAAUUUUGGAUAUGAGAUAAUACCUGUGUUAAGAGGACCAACAGACAUUAUGAAUUAUUAUAACGAAAACAAAAACCAAGUGUUUAUUGUUGACGACAUCUGUGGGAAGGAAACUAUGAACAUGCAGACGUUACAGACGUGGAGAGAUUAUUCAGAAAGAUUUGAGAAAAUGUUUAAAGUUGCAGAAAAAGAUGUUGCAAGUAAAAAUGAUAAAACGGUUUCAAAGGUAUCCAGUCAAAAACUACUGCUGUCUUGUAGACUGCAUAUAUAUAAAGAAGGACAGUUUCAACGUAUUACAUUAUUCACAAAGAAAGAAUGCAAUUUAUUAUCACCCGCGUUGUGUCUGCUGGAAGCUGAAAGAAUGCAUAUGCUGCACAAGUACCUUCCUCAUGACAUAAUUGACAAUAUAAAACAAGUCACGGAGAACGUUGAUUACUUUCCUUUGCUUUGUAAAUUGUCGAAAGACAAAACAUUUGAGGAUGUAAAGAAACUGUUUAUAGCUCCCUUAAUUAGUAUUAAAAAGAACAUAAACAACAUUAUUAAUGAAAACAAAGAACAGUUCUGUGCUCUUACUCUGUGUAUCAUAUUUAAUGAUGGAUUCAAUACAGAUUGGCUGACAAAAGGAUCAGUUUCAGAUAAUAAAAAGAACAUAAACAACAUUAUCAAUGAAAACAAAGAUCCAUUGUGUGCUUUUACUAGUUUUAUCUCAUCUAAAUGUCGAUUAAUAAAAGAUUGGCUGAAAUUAGGAUCAGUUUCAGAAAGGAAGGAUGACAAACUUGUUAACAUUGUUAAAGAAUUUGACAUAGAUUUAUACAAAGAAGAGCAUAGAAAUUCUUUAAAAUCUGGUUUUUCGACAUUAAAUGGCACCUAUUUAAAAUUGAGAGGCACAGAGUAUAGAAUGAUACAUGACAAAAUCUAUAAAAUGGCAGCUGUAAGCUGUGGAAAAGACCUAACAGAAUGUUUUAUAAAAUAUGCUCCCCCUGAACUUAUUCGGGAUCAUUUCAUAUUCAAAUCUGUAACGGAAGUCCACGAAGGUGAUAAUUCAAUUGCACUAUCAACAGACCAAGAAAAAAUUUACUUUGAACGACUGUUAAGUGACUUAAAACAGCAUGUCAUGAUAAGUACAUUCCAUAAUUACCAGUUAAUUUAUAAGACAUUUAGAGAUAAGUUAAUAAGUUAUUUAGGAAGGAAUGAUGAUGCAAAAACGGUAUUAAAGAAGCUUGACACACAUACAACACCUUUAUUAGAAUCAGCUUUUACGGGAUACAGUGAUAUUGUUCACUUUCUGAUUGUUAAUAUUAAAUGUAAUGUGAAUAACACAAAGAGAAUUGACAGUUUGCCUUUACAUAAGGCAUCUGCACAAGGACAUUCAGCUGUAGUUAAAUGUUUAUUAGAGAACAAUGCUGAUAUAUCUCAAUGUAACACAUCUGGUGAGUCAGCAUUGUAUGCGGCAUGUGUAGGAGGACAUGAAGAUACAGUAGAACUGCUAAUUCAGAACAAUGGCGAUGUCAAUCAGUGUAAUAAUCAAGGUAAGUCACCAUUGAAUGCGGCCUGUAAAUGGGGACAUACAAAUAUAGUAGAAAUGUUACUUCAGAAAAAUGCUGAUGUCUCUCAGUGUGAUAAGGAUGGAUGGUCACCAUUGAAUGCGGCCUGUCAAGCAGGACAUAGAAAUAUAGUAGAAAUGUUACUUCAGAAAAAUGCUGAUGUCUCUCAGUGUGAUAAGGAUGGAUGGUCACCAUUGAAUGCGGCCUGUCAAGCAGGACAUAGAAAUAUAGUAGAAAUGUUACUUCAGAAAAAUGCUGAUGUCUCUCAGUGUGAUAAGGAUGGAUGGUCACCAUUGAAUGCGGCCUGUCAAGCAGGACAUAGAAAUAUAGUAGAAAUGUUACUUCAGAAAAAUGCUGAUGUCUCUCAGUGUGAUAAUGAUGGAUGGUCAUCAUUGCAUGCGGCCUGUAAAGAAGGAUAUACAAAUAUAGUAGAAAUAUUACUUCAGAAAAAUGCUGAUGUCUCUCAGUGUGAUAAUGAUGUAUGGUGUCCAUUGAAUGCGGCCUGUAAAUGGGGACAUACAGAUACAGUAGAACUGUUACUUCAGAACAAUGCUGAUGUCUCUCAGUGUAAUGAGGAUGGAGAGUCUCCAUUGUAUGUGGCAUGUAAAGGGGGACAUACAGAUACAGUAGAACUGUUACUUCAGAACAAUGCUGAUGUCUCUCAGUGUAAUGAGGAUGGAGAGUCUCCAUUGUAUGUGGCAUGUGAAGGAGGACAUACAGAUACAGUAGAACUGUUACUUCAGAACAAUGCUGAUGUCUCUCAGUGUGACAAGAAAGGUCAGUCUCCAUUGCAUGCGGCCUGUGAAGAAGGAUAUACAAAUAUAGUAGAAAUAUUACUUCAGAAAAAUGCUGAUGUCUCUCAGUGUGAUAAUGAUGGAUGGUCACCAAUGAAUGCGGCCUGUGACUGGGGACAUACAAAUAUAGUAGACAUGUUACUUCAGAAAAAUGCUGAUGUCUCUCAGUGUGAUAAGGAUGGAAGGUCAUUAUUGCAUGCGGCCUGUAAAGCAGGACAUACAAAUAUAGUAGACAUGUUACUUCAGAAAAAUGCUGAUGUCUCUCAGUGUGAUAAGGAUGGAAGGUCAUUAUUGCAUGCGGCCUGUAAAGCAGGAUAUACAGAUAUAGUAGAACUGUUACUUCAGAAAAAUGCUGAUGUCUCUCAGUGUGAUAAGGAUGGAAGGUCAUUAUUGCAUGCGGCCUGUAAAGCAGGAUAUACAGAUAUAGUAGAACUGUUACUUCAGAAAAAUGCUGAUGUCUCUCAGUGUGAUAAGGAUGGAUGGUCACCAAUGAAUGCGGCUUGUGACGGGGGACAUACAAAUAUAGUAGAAAUGUUACUUCAGAAAAAUGCUGAUGUCUCUCAGUUUGAUAUAGAUGAAUGGUCAUUAUUGCAUGCGGCCUGUAAAGCAGGAUAUACAGAUAUAGUAGAACUGUUACUUCAGAAAAAUGCUGAUGUCUCUCAGUGUGAUGAGGAUGGACGGUGUCCAUUGUAUGUGGCCUGUGAAGGAGGACAUACAGAUACAGUAGAACUGUUACUUCAGAACAAUGCUGAUGUCUCUCAGUGUGACAAGAAAGGUCAGUCUCCAUCAUAUGUGGCAUGUAAAGGAGGAUAUACAAAUAUAGUAGAACUGUUACUUCAGAGCAAUGCUGAUGUUAAUAAGUGUCAUAAAAAUUGA